AUGGCCGCUGGGCGAUUGCCAGCUUGUGUCAUAGAUAAUGGCACUGGGUAUACGAAACUUGGUUAUGCCGGCAAUUCUGAGCCGCAAUUCAUUAUACCUUCAGCUAUAGCAGUACGAGAGAAAAUUGGUGCUCAGUCCUCGGCAUUGCGGUGGAAUACAAAUACAAGUUCACGAAUUGAGGAUCUUGAUUUUUUUAUUGGUGAUGAAGCGCUUUCACCUGCUGCAGCUAAUUACAUGGUUAAGUAUCCAAUUCGUCAUGGUAUUGUGGAAGAUUGGGAUUUGAUGGAGCGGUUUUGGGAACAGUGUAUCUUUAAAUAUUUACGAGCCGAACCAGAAGAUCAUUAUUUUCUUUUGACAGAACCGCCUUUGAAUACACCUGAAAAUCGUGAAUAUACUGCCGAAAUUAUGUUUGAAUCAUUCAACGUGCCUGGUUUGUAUAUUGCAGUACAAGCUGUAUUAGCUCUAGCGGCUUCCUGGCAAAGUCGUGAUUUCUCUCAGCGUUCAUUAACAGGAUUGGUGGUUGAUAGUGGUGAUGGUGUAACUCACUGUAUCCCUGUUGCGGAGGGAUAUGUAAUUGGCUCUUGCAUCAAGCAUAUUCCAGUCGCAGGGCGAGAUAUUACGUAUUUUAUACAACAGUUACUUCGAGAACGUGAAACUACCAUUCCUUCUGAUCAAAGCUAUGAAGUUGCGAAAUCGAUAAAAGAAAAAUAUUGUUAUGUAUGUCCGGAUAUUUUGCGUGAAUUUACAAAGUAUGAUAUGGAUAAUGCAAAAUGGUUCAAAACUUACGACGGCAUAAAUAAUGUCACGAAAAAACCAUUCACUGUUGAUGUAGGAUAUGAGCGAUUUCUUGGUCCUGAAAUCUUCUUUCAUCCAGAAUUCGCUAAUCCGGAUUUUACUGUACCUAUUUCGGAAAUAGUAGAUACAGUCAUACAGCAAUGUCCUAUUGAUGUUCGUCGUGGUCUUUACGAAAAUAUCGUUCUCUCUGGUGGUUCAACUAUGUUCAAAGAUUUUGCACGGCGUAUGCAACGGGACAUUAAACGAAUUUCAAAUGCUCGAUUAGCUAUAAGUGAAGAAUUAUCCGGUGGCCGGCUAAAGCCAAAACCAAUCGAUGUUCAAGUUGUAUCUCAUAAAAUGCAACGGUACGCCGUAUGGUUUGGUGGUAGCACUCUUGCAGAUACGCCUGAAUUCUACGAAGUUGCUCAUACGAAAGCGGAGUACAUGGAAAAAGGACCUAGUAUUUGCCGUCAUAAUCCAGUGUUUGGUGCACUUACUUAA